GAUUCCAAUUCAAGGAUAUUCUUUAUCUCUCUCAGGUUCACUGUUGGCCUUAUUUCUCCGAAAAGCUCUUCGAUUGCUUAGACCCUUUUCAAUGGCGUCAACGCCGCCUCACCGGUCGAUGACCACCGCCAAUACCCAUCCUCAGAUCCGUCAACAACCCACUCACAACCACCGUCCAUGGCUUCCACAGCGUAUCACUUCCUGUCCUCGUGCCGUUACAUCAGCUCCUCCGUCUUCAUCCGCAGCUGUUUCAGUAGCCACCGUAGCUUCUGCCCAGCUAUCAAAGACUCCUACUUUAUCUCCUCUGCAAACUCCCAAGUCGGAUUCCUCCGAUUUCUCCGGUCGUCGAUCCACCCGGUUCGUCUCCAAGAUGCAUCUCGGGAGACCCAAGACUACGACGGCCACGCGUCGCAGCUCAGCUGCGGAAGAUGCUCUCCGGAGCGCUAUCGAUUUAUCCGGUGAGGACGAGAUGUUUCAGAGUCUAUUGUUGAGCUUCGAGUCUAAGCUCCGUGGCUCCGAAGACUACACCUUUAUACUCCGUGAGUUGGGGAAUCGAGGUGAGUGCGAUAAAGCCGUUCGCUUUUACGAGUUUGCAGUUAUUCGAGAGAGGAGAAGGGUCGAGCAAGGGAAAUUAGCUAGUGCCAUGAUUAGUACUCUCGGUAGAUUAGGCAAAGUAGCCAUUGCUAAGAGUGUUUUCGAAGCUGCUUUAGAUGGUGGAUAUGGAAACACGGUUUACACCUUCUCGGCUGUAAUCAGUGCUUAUGGGAGGAGUGGGUUCUAUGAGGAAGCCAUUGGUGUCUUCGACUCCAUGAAAAGCUAUGGCUUGAAACCGAAUUUGAUUACCUACAAUGCUGUGAUUGACGCUUGCGGUAAAGGAGGAAUGGAGUUUAAGCAAGUAGCUGGGUUUUUCGAUGAGAUGCAGAGGAACGGUGUGCAGCCUGAUAGAAUAACUUUCAACUCUUUGCUCGCUGUUUGUAGCAGAGGAGGGUUAUGGGAAGCAGCAAGGAAUCUUUUUGAUGAGAUGUUGAAGAGAGGGAUUGAGCAAGAUGUCUUUACUUAUAAUACGCUUUUGGAUGCAAUCUGCAAAGGAGGGAAGAUGGAUCUUGCUUUCGAAAUCCUGGUUCAGAUGCCCGCAAAGAGAAUCUUGCCUAAUGUUGUAAGUUAUAGCACUGUCAUUGAUGGGUUUGCAAAAGCCGGGAGAUUUGAUGAAGCUCUUAACUUGUUUGAUCAAAUGAAAUAUCUUGGUAUUGCAUUGGAUAGAGUUUCUUACAAUACGCUGCUUUCGAUAUAUACUACGCUUGGUAGAUCCAAAGAGGCUUUAGAUAUUCUAAGAGAAAUGGCAUCUGUUGGGAUUAAGAAGGAUGUUGUGACUUAUAAUGCUCUUCUUGGAGGGUAUGGGAAACAACGAAAAUAUGAUGAAGUAAAAAAUGUUUUCGCUGAGAUGAAGCGGGACCACGUCUUGCCUAAUCUACUGACCUAUUCUACCUUAAUAGAUGUGUACUCCAAAGGGGGUUUGUAUAAAGAGGCAAUGGAGAUAUUUAGGGAGUUUAAGAGCGUGGGGUUAAGAGCUGAUGUUGUGUUGUACAGUGCUUUGAUUGAUGCUUUGUGCAAGAAUGGGUUGGUGAGUUCUGCUGUUUCUUUGAUCGGUGAGAUGACAAAGGAAGGAAUUAGGCCUAACGUUGUAACGUACAAUUCCAUAAUCGAUGCGUUUGGUCGUUCUGCAACUAUGAAGUCAGCUGAAUCUGGAGAUGGUGGAGCUAGUACUUUUGAAGUUGGAUCGUCCAAUAUUCCUUCUUCUUCACUAAGUGGAUUGACUGAAACAGAGGAUAAUCAGAUAAUACAGAUAUUUGGGCAAUUAACCAUUGAGAGUUUUAACAGGAUGAAGAAUGAUUGUAAGGAGGGUAUGCAUGAGCUCUCCUGUAUAUUGGAAGUUAUCCGCAAAAUGCAUCAGCUGGAAAUAAAACCAAAUGUCGUAACCUUUUCUGCCAUUCUAAAUGCUUGCAGUCGGUGCAACUCAUUUGAAGAUGCAUCAAUGCUGCUGGAGGAGCUAAGGCUGUUUGAUAAUCGGGUAUAUGGUGUUGUUCAUGGACUUCUCAUGGGUCAUAGAGAGAACGUUUGGCUCCAAGCUCAGAGCUUAUUCGACAAAGUAAACGAAAUGGAUGGUUCGACUGCAUCUGCCUUCUACAAUGCUCUUACCGAUAUGCUUUGGCACUUUGGUCAGAAACGAGGCGCGCAAAUGGUGGCACUUGAGGGAAGAUCUAGACAAGUUUGGGAGAACGUGUGGUCUGAGUCUUGCUUGGACUUGCACCUUAUGUCUUCUGGUGCUGCACGCGCAAUGGUCCAUGCUUGGUUGCUAAACAUACGCUCCAUUGUUUAUGAAGGUCAUGAGUUACCGAAACUCUUGAGCAUAUUGACUGGUUGGGGGAAACAUAGCAAAGUGGUUGGAGAUGGAGCACUAAGGCCAGCGAUUGAAGCGCUUUUGAGGGGAAUGAACGCACCGUUCCACCUCUCAAAAUGCAACAUGGGACGGUUCACAUCAAGCGGUUCGGUCGUAGCAACUUGGCUGCGUGAAUCAGCCACACUCAAACUCUUAAUCCUCCAUGACCACAUAACUACCAAAGCUAACACUACAAUGAGAUCAACAGACCAAACCUCUCUCACUUUGGAACCCCUUCUUUUGUAGCUGUACACUGAUGUUAACAAUUUCUGAUUACCAAGUCUGUGUUGUAAACAAUGGUAGGAUUUUGUGCUCUCUGCUAAUAUUUUGUAACAAGAUAUUAACUCAAGGAUUUGUAAAAAUGGGAGGAUAUAUUUUUAUAAUAUAAU